UCCUGAGCCGCCGUCGGUCCGGAGCGGGAGCGGUGCAGCCGCCUUGUCACUGCAGCUGGCUGCCGUCCCAGCCCUGUGCACGCUCGAAAGUCACUGGGCUUCCUUACGGAGGGAGGAAACAGUUAAGCUCCCGGGGCGGCUGCAGUCAUCUGGGCGUGGUUCUCUUGGCAGACCUGAGCCGCACAGAUCCCUGGUGCCAGAGGGGCAGAGGAAGGCGCUCGGGCAGCAGAGCCUCCCAGAUGGCAGAGCUGGAUCUGAUGACUCCGGGGCCCCUGCCGGGGGCCACUGCUCACCCUCUGGUCCCCCUCAGCCCAGACUCUGGAUCAGCCAGCCCCGUAGAAGAGGAGGAUGCGGGCUGCCCGGAGGAGGUGGACAGCAGCCCUGGGGAGCAAGGGGCUCCUGGCAGCGAGAGCGGGGAGGGGAUCCUGUGUGACUUCUGCCUUGGGGACCGUAGGGUGAGGGCGGUGAAGUCCUGCCUGACCUGCAUGGUGAAUUAUUGUGAGGAGCACCUGCGGCCGCACCAGGAGAACAGCAAACUGCACAGCCACCAGCUGACCGAGCCGGCCAAGGACCGUGACCUGCACACUUGCCCUGCCCACCGCAGCCCGAUAGUCGCCUUCUGCUGCCCGGAUCAGCAGUGCAUCUGCCAGGAGUGCAGCCAGGACCAGCACAGGGACCAUGCCACCGUCUCCCUGGACGCAGCCCGCAGGGACAAGGAGGCUGAACUUCGGUGCACCCAGUUAGAUCUGGAGCAGAAACUCAAGUUGAAUGACAACGCCAUUGCCAGACUUCAAGCCAACCACAAAUCUGUUUUGGUGUCAGUGUCAGAGGUAAAGGUCGUGGCGGAAGAGCAGUUCGGGGAGCUCCUCGCUGCUGUGAGGAAGGCCCAGGCCGACGUGAUGCUGUUCUUGGAGGAGAAGGAGCAAGCAGCCCUGAACCAGGCCAACGGCAUCAAGACCCACCUGGAGUUCAGGAGCGCGGAGAUGGAGAAGAGCAGGCAGGAGCUGGAGAGGCUGGCGGCCAUCGGCAACACAGUCCUGUUCCUGGAGGAGUACGGCAAGUUCAAGAGCACCGAAGACAACGCCUUCCCCAGCGUGUACAUAGGGCUGAAGGAUAAGCUCUCGGGCAUCCGCAAGGUCAUCACCGACUCCACUGUGCACUUGGUCCAGCUGCUGCAGAGCUACAAGGAGAAGCUCCAGGCGUUCGCCACGGAAGAGGAGUAUGACAUCAGAACUCAAGUGUCCGCCAUCGUCCAGCGCCAGCAUCGGACCUCCAAACCUGAGCCCAGCACCAGGGAACAGUUCCUCCUGUAUGCCUGUGACAUCACCUUUGACCCGGACACCGCACACAGGUAUCUCCGGCUGCAGGAAGACAACCGCAAGGUCGCCAACACGGCGCCCUGGGAACACCCCUACCCGGACCUCCCCAGCAGGUUCCUGCACUGGCGGCAGGUGCUGUCCCAGCAGAGCCUCUACCUGCGCAGGUACUAUUUCGAGGUGGAGAUCUCCGGGGCAGGCAUCUACGUGGGGCUCACCUGCAAAGGCAUUGACCGGCAAGGAGAGGCGCGCAACAGCUGCAUUUCCGGAAACAACUUCUCCUGGAGCCUCCAUUGGAACGGGAAGGGGUUCACAGCCUGGCACAGUGACACGGAGACCCCACUCAAAGCCGGCCCCUUCCGCAGGCUCGGGGUCUACGUGGACUUCCCAGGGGGGACCCUUUCCUUCUAUGGUGUAGAACAUGACGCCAUGACUCGGAUUCACAAAUUUGACUGCAAGUUUUCCGAGCCGGUCUACGCUGCCUUCUGGCUUUCCAAGAAGGAAAACAGCAUCCGGAUUGUGGACCUGGGAGAGGAACCUGAGAAGCUGGCACCGUCCCCAGCAGGAACUGCUCCCUAGAUGUCUGUUCCAGACCUUUCAUGAACCACAACCAUGGGGCAGCAGUUUGCAUUUUAAGGGUGCCUGGAGCAGUGUAGCUGGCUUCAGAGAGUGUGUGGUUCUGUGAACAGGAGGUUCUUGGGCUGCUCACCUUGGCACCUUGGCAGCUCUGUUCUCUGUUUCUUUGCUGUAAUCCUUAAAUACUAGUCCCCCCUGUCAUCCUCUAGCGAUUUUCUGCCGUCUGCUCAGGUGAACAUCAUGCUGUGCCCAGAACUUGUGACCAGGAAUCUAAAGAGGCCUAAAAAGUUUGCAGAGUAAUCAUAAUCAGUUGCUAACUUGACUGUGCAUUUUCUAUGCUCCAGACACGGCCCUGAGCGCUUUGCGAUGACCUCAGUCUUUGCAGCAGAUCCAUGGGGUGGAUAUCAUUAUAUCCACUAUAUCAUUCCCAUCUAGCAUUUGACAAAACUGUGGUCCCUGCAGGUCCAGGAGAGCUAGGAAGUUACUCAAGGUCACUCAAGGUCACUCUGGUCACUCAGCAGAACUGGGCUUCAAGUCCCAGUGGGUAGGCAAUGAACUUUGAUCAACCACAUACCUGGUUAGAUCGUGAUCGUUGUGUACAAGGGAAUUAACCACAUGAUGAACCACAAAGCAGAGAUGUUGAAUACCUUACACCCACCUCUUGCGGACUGCCUCGCACGCCUGGAGUCUGACCUGGCCAUCCAGCCAUGCACCGGCUGCGAGCUCACCACCUCCCACAGCAGCUCUUUCUGUUCUGGGCCAGCAAGGAUUAGGAAAAACAACUUCAUGGAGCCCAAGUGUUAGACUCUGUGACCUCUGGGAAGGGGGUCACGCUUUUCUCUUCCAAAGUCAUCUGGCCCACGUGGACUUGUCUGAUCUCAUUCAGGGGACAGUCAAUCAAGUGUCUGAGGCCAGCUCCCACGGCCCUGUCCCCUUCUCGGGAGGCAUCGCUGUUUCCACACUGAACUUCACAAAUCUCACUCCUUCCCCUUGCUCCUGAGCUCUUCUUCUUCUUCUUCUUUUUUUUUUUUUGGACAGGCAGAGUGGACAGUGAGAGAGAGAGACAGAGAGAAAGGUCUUCCUUUGCUGUUGGUUCACCCUCCAAUGGCCGCCACCGCUGGCACACCACGCUGAUCUGAAGCCAGGAGCCAGGUGCUUCUCCUGGUCUCCCAUGGGGUACAGGGCCCAAGCACUUGGGCCAUCCUCCACUGCACUCCCGAGCCACAGCAGAGAGCUGGCCUGGAAGAGGGGCAACCGGGACAGAAUCCGGCACCCCGACCGGGACUAGAACCCGGUGUGCCGGUGCUGCAAGGCGGAGGAUUAGCCUAAUGAGCUGCGGCGCCGGCUGCUCCUGAGCUCUUUGACAAAGACGCUCACUAAGAUUAAUGGAGAACAGCCGUCAAACCCGGAAGCAGAUAACAAACUGUCUUUAAGUGGGUUUCCAAGGACAUAACCUGAAGUCCCUGGCAGGAGUCCCCAGAAAUAUCUGUCUAACUUCCAGGUCAUUCUCCAUGACCUGUGGGAAGGCAGAUCUCUUCCUCUUUGGUCAUCUGAUAGGCUUAUCUCAAGAGUGCAUUACUUGAGCAUUGUUUGUCUUGUUUCUGGUUCUCCCACGUGGGUGCAGGGGCCCAAGGACUUGGGCAUCUUCUGCUACUUUCCCAGGCCAAAGCAGAGAGCUGGAUCGGAAGUGGAGCAGCUGGGUCUUGAACCAGUGCCCAUAUGGGAUGCCGGUGCUUCAGGCAAGAGCAUGUGUCUCUCCAAGGUUUAUACAGGAGGAUUUAAUGUCAUUUUGAUUGCUGCAUGCCAGGGUAGUUUAGCUUCAGGAUUCUGCAUCCAGUCGAUCGGCUCUCCUUCCCAGCCUGGUGAUCACCCACAGAAUCAAAAACCUUUUCUUCUUAAAUCUUUUCUUUUUUUAAAGAUUUAUUUAUUUAUUUGAAAGGCAGAGUUAGAGAGAAAGAGAGAGAGGGAGAGAGAGACAUAGAGAGAUCUUCCAUCUGCUGGUUUACUCCCCAGAUGGCCACAAUGGUCAAAGCUGGGCUGAUCUGAGGCCAGGAGCCAGGAGUUUCUUCCAGGUCUCCCACAUGGGUGGCAGGGGCUCAAACACUUGGACCAUCUUCCGCUGCUUUCACAGGCACAUUAGCAGGGAGCUGGAUCAGAAGUGGAGCAGCUGGGACAUGAACCAGCGCCCAUGUGGGAUGCCGGCACUGCCGGUGGCAGCUUUAUCUGCUGUGCCACAGCUCUGGCCCCUUCUUAAAUCUUAACUUUGUUGAUAUGGACUAGCCUAGGACCCAGCCCAGAGUCAUGCAGCUCUCAGUCAAUAGCUACUGAGUUCAGUUAUCCACAAGCUAUGCUUUAUGGAACCAUACAAUAUGGCAGCCUGCCCUUUGCAGGAAGGACUUUUUCAAAGGCAAAAAUAAACAUAUUCUAUAUCUGAAUUUGACCUUCUAGCCUAACAAUGCUCUCAAGUGAGAAAACUGAGAUCAACUCAUCUUGCCUUAUUUUUACUGAAUGCGGGUUGUUUGUGAUUUUCACUUUUAUUUCUAAAUGCUUACGAAAUAAUAAUUUUAGGAUUAUCUUGUGGGUUAGUAUCAAGUUGAUUAGCUUGUUAUUUCCAGAAUCUACCUUCUUUUUCUUCUUCAAAAAACUAUUUUCAAAGAUUCCUGCCCAAUUUGCAGUCACCUUGUUGAGAUGUGACUUGGUUAGACAAGCAUUGAGAUUGAGUGCAUGUAAAGGGACUGUUUAGGUGUGUCCUUAGGAGCCUUGAACUCCACUUCCCUGUUAGCCACUUUUGUCUAUUACUUUUCAGGUUAAAUACCUUUCUUCUUAAUAUAAAAGAUAAAUACCAGAUGCAAAUGGGCUGCUUUUGCUUUAUUUCAUGUGAUAAACCUAUAAUUUUUCUUCUUCUUGGCCUGUAUGCUAAAAAUUGCCUAAAACAAACAACUAACAAAUAAGGAAAGAAAAAAAAGAGAGCAAAGACCUAUUAUAUAUUUUUCUGGUAUUUUCCCCAGGCUUUUGCGUGCGUCUCUUUUGUAUUUACCCAUCCUUAAAAAACAGCAAAACAAUAAAAACCCAAACCCAAACUCAUCAAGA